AUGCAGAUAUUUGACGAUUCACGACCUUAUAAUGGCCGUUUUAUAAUUCGUAAUGGCUGCUCCUUACGGGUCGAGCUUCAAGUCUACCACAACAGAAAAGCUCGUAAGGUACCGAAACUACUACACUGGGGAUUAGAGAGCUUUGGAAUUCAGACCAACGGCCCUAGAGUUGAUGGCGUCAUAGAUUUAGAAUUUUAUUCGAAAUCUGUUCAAGAAAAUGCGAUGCAUGUAAAGUCUGCACUACUAUCAGCGUUCGGAAUUGCACGGGAUGUUUCCACUUUCAAUUCCAUUCAAAGAAGCGCAUCAAUUAUACGCGAAUGGAUCGCCAAUUGCGACAGUCAGCACACAAAAUGCGCAUUCCGAACCAACGGUAAUGCCUUUCCAACAAGGGUACUUGAUGUCUGUCAACUAAGAAGAGAGUCGGGGAUAGUUGUCUUGGUCGAGAAGACAGACGCGUCAUUUCACAAUCCCGAAACUGCUGCUUCCAAGCAGCGCUAUGCAACUCUCAGCCAUUGCUGGGGAGGUCACCAGCCUCUACAAACUAAAAGAGAAACUUUUAUGCAACACAGAAAGGGCAUUGCAUGGAAAAGCUUGCCAUUGACGUUUAGAGAUGCCAUUUCGAUUGUGAGAGCACUUGGUAUUCGAUAUAUUUGGAUUGACAGUCUGUGCAUCAUUCAAGAUGACCAGGACGAUUGGAAGAAGGAGGCCGCCCGUAUGGCCAUCGUGUACUCAAACAGCUACCUAAACUUGGCGGCUACUGGUUCGCAUGAUAGCCGAGGGGGCUUCUUUUAUCGCCGAAAACUUCAUCUCAAAAAUUCAACACUUUCAAUACGAUCGCAUAAAAUCAGUUCCAUAAGAUUGAGAAAGAUAGAUAAUCAGAGCUCCAUCUUCGUCAGGCCCUCACUUGAGGAAAUUCAUCAUCGGUACAACUCACCUAACUACCCGUAUUUAGGGCAUCGCAAAGUGCUCAGCAUAGGCACACCACUUUUGACUCGAGCCUGGGUCUUUCAAGAACGGAGAUUAGCUCCUCGUACAAUCCAUUUCCAUCCAUCGGAACUAGUAAUGGAAUGUAAAUCAGGCCUAAGGUGCGAAUGCACGGGACUUGAAAAGCUAUACGCGAAUUCUAUCACAACAGAAUCUGAUCUGGAACGACUUGAAGACUUAAAAGUAUUUGAACAAUGGUUUGAUAUAGUUCAAGAAUACUGCAAGUUGAGCUUGACACGACCAUCUGACCGACUCAUAGCUCUCAUUGGAGUCGCAAGUACAUUUCAGGACCGCUUAAAAUGUAGAUACUUAGCUGGUCUCUGGCAGUCUGAUAUUGCUAGAGGUCUUCUCUGGACCUUACGGGGGGCUCACCAGUCAAGUAACUAUACCAAAAAUGAGAAGGGUACGUCAAAAGCCAAGACCGCAUUUGCAUCUAGUUGGUCAUGGGCUUCGGCAGUUUUCAAUGAUGGCGGAAUAAUAACCUUUCCUGCUACUCAGGACAGUUCUUUUAAACCACACGAAUGCUUCUCUUAUAUCAGUACAAACUUACCAACAACAGCUGUAGAGUCUCUUGAUUUCCCGGAAACAGAUAUCCCCACAAUAAGAAUCCAAGGCUUGGGGGUAGCUGGCGAAAUUACGCACGAAUGUAGCAAAGUUGCGAAGAGACGCGGAGUAACGCUGAAUUUCGGAAGCUAUUCAGCGACUGUUCCCUCCCCCGAGAUAACAAUAAGUCUCGACUUCUACCAUGACUUUCACAGUGACCAUACAGCCAAUGAAUCUACCAAGAUAAUUUGUGUAGUUGUCGGUACUAUGCAUUUGCGAGAUCCAACGACGAAACCAAAAACGGAUUCUUGGAUUUGUACUCUUCUGUGCAAACUCUCGAGUCGUAGACCAGAACAUUACGAGCGGGUUGGCGUCUUUGAUGUUCGCGAGGAUACUGGUAUCUUCCAAGAUGCAGAUAAAAUGACUAUUGACCUGAUAUGA